UGGAAUAAAAAUGAAAUUUCCUGAUGAUUUUGAUUUUAUUGAUAACGACACAAUAGUCUUUUCUGAUGCUUCUACACGCUAUGGAUAUACUGAUUUUUUGCUGUCUUUCUUAGAACAUGGGGGUGAUGGAAGAAUAAUAAAAUUCAAAAUUUCUACGGGAGAAACACAAGUAUUAGUUGACGGUUUAGACUUCCCCAAUGGAGUGCAAAUGCAUACCGAUAAACAGUCUUUUCUUUUUUGUGAAAGUGCUACUGCCAAAAUUUAUCGUUUUUAUUUUGCCGGAACUAAAAAAGGAAGACUCGAAACAUUUUUGGACAACCUGCCAGGAUUUCCCGAUAAUAUUAGAAUAUCAAGUUCUGGAACUUCAUUUUAUGUGGCGAUGUUCAGUCAUAGAAAUGCUGAAAAUCCGGACCUUUUUCAAAGACUCGGAGAUUGGUUGAUGACUCGUAAAGUGUUGGGAAUGUUGUUCAGAGUAUUUCCUUCAACAAUUGUUGAAUUACUUUUUAAUAGAGGAUAUGGAAUAGCUAUCGAAAUUGACUUGGAUGGAAAAAUAAUUCGAUCAUUUCAUGACCCACAAGGAAAUAUAAUUAACGACAUUUCUCAAUUAGCCGAUGAUGGGGGUGAAUUUAUUUAUUUGGCUAGUUUUGACAAUAAUUAUAUUGGAAGGAUGACGAAAAAUUGA